AUGGCGGUACUUACCGAUUUACCUCCCGAGCUGAUACAGCAAAUCGCUGGGAAGUGUUCGGCUCUAGAUAUCCUGGCUCUCAGUCGGACAUGUCGUUACCUGAACCCAAUUUGCAACAAUGCCGCUGUCUUCCAGAUGUCAUUUCAGGCUUAUCUUCCCAAAAUCAACUCUGCAGUCUUUAAGAGCAGGUCAACAUUGGUGCAAUUCAUGAGAUAUUAUGCCAACGGGAAGAAUGGCCCUUGCCCGGGUCGCGACGGUCAAAGGAUGACAUGGCUUUGCCUAGCUGUUGCAGCAACCCGAUUUCGAGAUGCAUUAUCUGAAGUCAGACGAAUCGCGUGGGCUACGGAAAGUAGAGCCAAGAUCAGCUCCAUUACUACCGACAGAGAUAUUGCAGGUCAGAUCGAGAAGUCGCUACAAGGGUUGUUAGGCUUCCUUGCUACUCUACCAAUCUGGGGAUGCACAACGCCGUGGCGUUAUCGCGAUGCUGAUACAAUCCAAUGCCUUUACAAUUUCUUCAUUGGGGCACAUCUUUGGAAAUUUGGCACCGGAACUUAUCUACAGUUCGCCUUCCUCAUGACCAUGACCACCCUUGAGUUACCUAAACCAUCCAAACUUACGGACUACGAGCUCCAUCAUAUUUCGAAGGCAUAUCUUUACACAACUUCUCCGUGGGAAUAUCAACGGGCCAAUGAGUCUUGGAUCAACAAACAGGCGUGCGCACUCUUCAUAGCAGACCGUAUUGCGCGACAAACUCAGUUUGUAUGGAUACACGGGGGUACGGGCAUGUUCAGACGUGUCUCUCCCAAUGACCCGACCAUACUAUGGUUGCCUGUUAACGCACCACUUCGGCUUCCGGAUCCUAGAAAAAUCGAAUUCUUUGACGUUUCGUGUGUCAGAGGCAACCAGAGCGAAGGAACCUAUCCGACACAGACAGGAUUCACACCUCUCCAACCAAGGUUUCCCCUUCUGGAUCCUACUCUUGCGAACCAACAAGGAAAAGGUGGCCACUAUCUCGAUCCGUUUUGUGGUAAUGCGUGGUGGACUUGGUACAACACGCGCGUUCGUGAUUUACUUAGAAACAUCACAGAAGGGGAAUGGUGUUGCUCUUAUAUUCAUUCCGUUGGAGGGAAGAAUUACGUUGAACCGACUUUGAUGGGCAUACGCUUUCGUUAUGACGAGGAGGGGUACCGAGCUAGGGUACCCGUUCCGGUCGCACCGGGUGCAGGUAUGCGACUGCGCGGUCCGGUUCUACUCAAUGCCGCAACGUUUACUUUCCAAACGCACAAUCAGACUGUUUCCAGGCGCGAUCAUCAAUAUCAAGGCUCACUCACACCACUAGGGAUCUGUGGCCCCGAUGCGGUCGGAUUCAAGAUUGUUGGAUAUUUCUGGCUCUGGAGGAGAGAAUGGAUGGGCGAUGGUGAUUGA